AUGUUCGUGGUUCGUGGUAGCAGCGCCUUUGGGCUCUGCAGGCACUCUGCUGCUGCUGCUCGAUGGCCUGCACACCGGAGCUAUGCUACUCGUUCAUUUGAUCCGCUUCGGAUCCUCUUUUGCGGCUCCGACGACUUUAGUAUUGCCUCCUUGAAAGCUCUCUACGACUACCGUUUGAAAAAUCCCGACCAGAUCUCGUCCAUAGAUGUGGUCUGUCGGCCAGGAAAACGGGUCGGAAGGGGUUUGAAGAAAAUUCGCGAGAUGCCAAUCAAGGAAGCUGCAUCUGCACUAUCUCUCCCCGUUCAUGAAAUCGAUACAUUCAGAGGAUGGACUCCCCCCGAGACUCCGAAUGGUCCUAUCAACCUGAUUAUCGCUGUAUCCUUUGGGCUGUUCGUGCCUCCGCGCAUUUUGAAUGCUGCGAAGUAUGGAGGCUUGAACGUGCACCCCUCCCUGCUUCCAGACUUCCGUGGCCCAGCGCCAUUGCACCACACGCUUUUAGCAGGGAGAACCAAGACUGGCGUGACACUUCAGACAUUGCACCACAAGAGCUUCGACCAUGGAAAAAUUCUUGCUCAAUCUCCAGCUCCUGGCUUCGAUAUUCCCAACCCCGAGUCCUGUACUGUGCCCGAGUUGACCAGCUUGGUUUCAGUCAAAGGUGCCCAGCUACUGUUUGACGGCAUCCAGAAUGGCCUAUUUGUACCUCCAGUACAAGACGCAGGAUGGCUUUCUGAGAAAGACACCCAAAACCUCAUCCAUGCUGCCAAGAUCAUGCCUGAAGAUAGACACGUUGACUGGGCAAAUUGGGACCUAGUCAACUUCAACCGACGCAACCGAGUCCUUGGCAACCUAUGGAGCAAAGCACUCGUGGCAAGCAAACCGGGAGAUGGACCCAUCUCAUUUCAACAAAAGCGUGUCAUCCUUACAGAUGUCGAAGAAGUGGACCCUCCCAAGGGAUCCGAGGCUUUCGCAAUUCUUCCUGGAUUGCCAUUCACGAAUGCUCCUCACCCAGUGGAGCCAAAGAAGAACAGGGCGCUUUAUGUAUUCACCAAGGAUGGAAAGGCGCUUCGUAUCAACCACUUGAAGGUGGAGGGAGAACCGGUCGCCGAGGGACUACGCGCUGCAAUCAAGGCGCGCAUGUUUGGUGAUCGGUCUAUCCAGUCUGGCGGUGCCGAGUUUACUCCUUUCCGCAACCCUCUUAUAUGA